AUGGGGAAUGUUGGGCCUGGGAUGCUGGGCUCCAUGCUCUUUCUGAUGCUCGGGCUGCAGCCUCUACCGCUUAGCCGAGGGAGAUUCCUGCACCACCCCCCAAGCUCGAGAAGCUUCCACCUGGGCACCAGACAUCACGGAAGCACCUGGGAGAAGCUGAAAUCCUGCAAGGGUGCCUUUGACCUGUACUUCAUAGUGGACGCGUCACAGAAGGCAAAUAACAUUUGGAAGGACAUUAACAAAUUAGUGGAUGAAAUAGUGAAGAAGUACACAAACCCUAACCUGCAGAUGUCCUUCAUCACCUACUCCACACAGGGCAAAACUGUCAUGAAGCUCACCUCAGACAGACAAGAAAUAAGUCGUGGUCUUAGCCGACUUCAGAACAUAGUGCCUACAGGAGCCACAAACUUGCAGGAAGGGUUGAUAAAGGCAAAUAAACAGAUUCAACAUGCUACCUCGGGAGAGAAUAGUGCUUCCAGCCUGAUUAUCACCCUGACUGCGGGGCCACUGCUACCAAGGACGUUACAGGACACAAAGAAGGAAGCUCAACAGGCUCGGGAUAUGGGGGCCAAGGUUUACUGCUUGGGUGUAAAAGAUUAUAAGAGAGAUCAGCUACAUAAUAUUGUAGAAAGAAAGGACCAAAUGUAUGGGAUAGAUGAAUUCAAUUCUGCAGAAAAGCUUGUUGCCUCGCUUGUGAAAAAUUCGUGUAAGGAAAUGAUGGCUGCGAACACACACUUUGUCUGUUUAGGAGAAGCCUAUAAAGUAAAAUUUUCUGCAUCUGGCCUACAACAAAAAAGGAAGGAUGAAAUUGUUUGCAGAUAUCAGUUGGGCCCCAGAAAAAUCUAUGGAAAAAGACCCAUCUCUAUCAAUAAAGAAAAAUUAAUUUGCCCAGGACAUAUGUUUGACAAGGCUGGACAGGAGGUUUUCAUUGAUUACAGCCUGAACAAUGGUGUCAACUUUGUAGAUGAAGACUUGAAAAUUGCUGGCAAGGAUUGUGAGAAGAACAGGGUGGGGCUGCAAGAACCUCAGUGGAAGGGGGGAAAAGUGGAGGAACAUAAAACCUGGGAAGAGAAGGUUAAGCCUUCAGAACCCACUGUAGUAUCAACAGUGAUCACACUGCCUACAGUUAUCAUGAUAAGGACCAUAGUGCCUACUGUUGUCUUGACAACCACAGUACCUACUGUUGCCACAAUGACAAGCACAGUACCUACCACUAUCACAAGGAUGACCACAGCGAGUACUUUUGUCCCAGAGGAAGAGACAACAGUUCCUGAGGUGGUCCCAGAAGAUGAGACUGCAUUUCCUGAAGUAGCCCCAGAAGAUGAGACUGCAUUUCCUGAAGUAGCCCCAGAAGAGGAGACCACAUUUCCUCAGGUGGUCCCAGAAGAGGAGACAUUUCCUCAGGUGGUCCCAGAAGAUGAGACCACGUUUCCUCAGGUGGUCCCAGAAGAGGAGACAUUUCCUCAGGUGGUCCCAGAAGAUGAGACCACAUUUCCUCAGGUGGUCCCAGAAGAUGAGACCACGUUUCCUCAGGUGGUCCCAGAAGAUGAGACCACGUUUCCUCAGGUGGUCCCAGAAGAGGAGACAUUUCCUCAGGUGGUCCCAGAAGAUGAGACCACAUUUCCUCAGGUGGUCCCAGAAGAUGAGACCACAUUUCCUCAGGUGGUCCCGGAAGAGGAGAAUACAUUUCCUCAGGUGGUUCCAGAAGAUGAGACCACAUUUCCUGAGGGGUUCCCAGAAGAGGAGACCACAUUUCCUCGGAGGUUCCCAGGAAAUGAGACCACAUUUCCUCAGGUGUUCCGAGAAAAUGAGGCCACAUUUCCAGAGGUGUCUCCAGAAGAUGAGACCACAUUUCCUGAGGUGAUCCCAGAAGAGGAGGCCACAUAUCCUGAGGUGUUCCCAGAAGAGGAGAUCAUAUUUCCCGAGGCGUUCCCAAAGACGGAGACCACAGUGCCCACCGCUGUCGCAGAGGAGACCACAGAACCCACGGUUCCCACGGUUGUGCCAGAGGAGGAGACCACCUUGUCAAACAUUGCCCCAGAAGAGGAGACCACAGAACCCACGGUUGUGCCAGAGGAGGAGACCACCUUGUCUAACAUUUCCCCAGAAGAGGAGACCAUGGUGCCCACCACUGUCACAGAGGAGACCACAGCACCCGCGGUUGUGCCAGAGGAGGAGACCACCAUGCCUAACAUUUCCCCAAAAGAGGAGACCAUGGUGCCUACCAUUGUCACAGAGGAGACCACAGAACCCACGGUUGUGCCAGAGGAGGAGACCACCUUGUCUAACAUUUCCCCAGAAGAGGAGACCAUGGUGCCCACCACUAUCACAGAGGAGACCACAGCACCCGCGGUUGUGCCAGAGGAGGAGACCACCAUGUCUAACAUUUCCCCAGAAGAGGAGACCACAGUGCCCACCACUGUCACAGAGGAGACCACAGCACCCAUGGUUGUGCCAGAGGAGGAGACCACCAUACCAGAGUUUUUCCCAGAAGGGGAGAUAAUAAUACGUGGGACUGUCCCAGGGAAGAUUAGCUUAAUGCCCAAGGUUGUCAGCCGUAACCUGCUUUACAGUAAUCCUCUCUGGGUCCCUGUGCUCAUCUCAGCCUUGUUCCUGUCCCUGUUCCUGUCACUGCUUGUCUGCAUCUGCUGUCACAAGUGGAUCAUCAAGAAGCCAUCACCAGCCCAGAAACCAGAAAAGAAGCCAUGCCCCGAGCAGGGAUAUACCACAGUGAUUAUCCCUUGCUGUGAAUGCCAAGAAGACAGGAUGAGACAGAUGGAGGGAAAGCUGGAUGUUUUUUAUAACUUUCUUCAGCGCUGCAGCCUGGUGCCAUUGAUGCAGUGUACAACCAGGGACAUGGGAAGCUGCAUCAACUUCACCUUAGUGAAUCCCCACUGUGCACAAAUGCUCUGCGGAUCAAACAUCUGCCUUCAACCCAGCCAGGAGUGCUUCCCCCUCAAUAUCAACUCCUCAGAUCAUCAAUAUCCCCCACCCAUAUGCCCUCAGCCACCCUCCAGGAUGCUACCGCUAAUCCCUCCCACUGCCCGGAAGCUUUGCAGAAGUAGUAUGUCACUCCCACCUCCAUAA